AUGUCGCGUUACGAUGCUUACGACCCUCCUGUUCGCGAGACUCGAUACUAUCGCGAGGAGCGUCGAGCCCCCGAGCCUCGCUAUGAGGAAUAUAGUAGCAGGACUCAGCUAGUGCCCCGCCCAACACGGGAGGACAGCGAUCUCUCUGUCGAAGAGGUUCGCCGCGACUUCCCUCCUCCUGGCUACGCUGGAAGCCGCGAUGUGCGACGUGCUCGUUCUGCUGAGCCAGGUUACUACGAAGAAAACUACUACCAUGGUCGUGGUGAUGGUCGUUCCGUGAGAGACGAUCCCCGCGAUCAGCGCAGCCGGAAGGCUGGCAGUGUCUACUACGAGGAAGAAGAGCGGACCCGCAAGCGAGUCCUCAACCAACAAGAAAAGAUCAUCGCUGCUGUCGUGGGUGGAGUGCUCGCCGCUGGAGCCAAGGAGGUCUGGGAUCGCCGCGAGGCCGGACGCGAAUACAGCGGUGAUGUCCACCGCAAUCUGGCGGCUUCCGCCGCCCUCGCCGCUGGAGGCGCCUUUGCCGGAUACCAAGGAGCUGAUUUAUACAACAAGCAUGCCGGCAAAGAGGACAAGAAGUCGACUUAUAUCAUGCACAAGGGUCGCGAUGGACGUGUCGCCGAGUACUAUUCUGACGAUGAAGACGACCCUCGCAACAAGAAGAGCAACAAGUCCUUCCUGGAGAGUGCACUAUCUGCCGCCGGACUGGGUGGCGCCAUCAAGGCCUUGACGGGUCACGAUGAUCGCCGAUCUGAGGGAACCCGGAGCCGCCGCGGCAGCCCGGACUCCACCCGGUCCCACCGAAAUGACACCGCAAACAGAAUGCAGAAAGCGGCCAAGGCCUCUCUCGUGGCUGGUGCUGCCGAGGCCUUCCGUGUUUCCAGAGAGCCCGGUGGCUGGCAAGGUGAGAAGAUGAAGCGCAUCAUCACCGCUGCUGCUGGUGCAGCCACAAUCGAUGCUGCUCACAAUCCCGACCACGACAGCAAACGUCACCUUGUCGAGUCUGUCAUUGGUGGUUUGGUUGGCAAUCGCGUCCUGAACGGCUCUAGAAGAGACAUUGAGGAGGAUAAAAGAACCGGUAGAAGCCGCUCCAGGUCCCGGGCCCGAUCCGAUGGUGGAGGUGGCGGUACCGGCUUGGCGGCACUCGCAACUGCUGGUCUGGGAGCCCUGGGCGCCAAGAAGCUCCUGGACAAGGGAAGAGAUGAUUCACGAAGCCGAAGCCGUAGCCGCCGUGGCAGUCGCGACUCAUACUAUGACCGCGAUGGUUCCCCACGUCGGCAGCGCAGCCGGAGCCGAAGUGUUGUGGAUUCGGCUCGUCGCAGCUUGGCCAAGAUCGGCCUUGGAAAUGGACCGGAUGAUCGUGACGACUAUGAAGGGUCCCGCGCCUCGCGCCGCCGCCGUGGCUUUAGCCCAGACGACAGAUAUGACGACGAAUACGAGUCUCGAGGUGCUUACAUGAGAGGUGGUCGUGGCGAUGAAAAUGAUGACAGGUCGUCACGUGGAGCUCGACGACGAAGCCGUUCAACCGGUCGUCGUUCGUCCUCUGUUUCCAGCAGCGACCUGGGAGAUUCGGAUGAGGACGAGAAGCGAGCCAAGAAGAUGAAAGGUAAGCAACUGAUCACUGCGGGUCUCGCAACCGUCGCAACCAUACACGCUGCACAUAAUGUCUAUUCGAGCAUGGAGAAGCGCAACGCAAGGCACAAGGCAGUCAAGCAAGGUCGUCUAGAUCCGAUGGAAGCCAAGAAACUCAAGUCCAAGGCCCUCUUGCAGGAUGCUGCAUCAAUUGGCAUUGCUGCCAUGGGCAUCAAGGGUGCGAUUUCCGAGAUGAAGGAGGCGCGUGAGAUCACACACGAGUGCAAGGAAUGGGAGCAAGAGAAGGCAAAGCGACACCAGAAGCGAAUCGAACGUCUCCAGCGGGGAAACAGUGACUACUAUGGCAGAAGUCGUUCUGACAACUGGUCUUCCUCCGCUCCGACACGGUCGAAUCGCUACUACGAAGAUGGGCCCCGUUAUGCUGACGGAAACCCUUAUUCGGCGGCUCUUCCGGCACCUCCCAUUGGUGGAUACGAUAGAAGAUGA